AUGGAGGGCACCAGUUCGGAUAAUCUUCUGAACAAAUUUUUCAAGUCUGAUAUGAUCAAGUUGGAUCGGUUUGAUGGCACCAAUUUCACCCGCUGGAAAGACAAGUUGCUGUUUCUUCUUAUGGAACUGGGCGUUGCAUAUCUGUUGGCUGAUAAUCUGCCAAAGAUCCCUGAACCAUCUGAUGGCAAGUCUGAUGAGAUCAAGGCAAGUCGCAAAAAACGUGAGGAAGACGAAGUUUGCUGUAGGGGCUUCAUCUUAAACGCCUUGUCAGACCGCUUAUAUGAUCUGUUUCGUUCACUUAAAUCACCACAGGAAAUUUGGAAGGCUUUGGAGAACAAAUACAUGUCUGAAAAACAAGGUACGGACAGAUUUUUGACUAUGAAAUUCUUUGAGUUUCAAAUGUUAGAUAACAAGUCUGUGAUGAAUCAAGUGGAUGAAUUACUUCUGUUAGUGUCUAGACUAAAGAAUUUAAGUAUUGAAGUGUCGGAUCAACUUCAAGUGGGUGCUGUGAUUGCAAAAUUACCAUCCACUUGGAAUGAUUAUAGGAAGAAACUACUGCACACUCCUGAAACUUUCACCAUAGACCAACUUACAAAGCAUAUCCGAAUUGAAGAGGAAACUCGUAUUCGGGAGAAUAAAUUUGCUUUGGAAUCUGGUACUAAGGUGAAUAAUAUUGAGUCUAGUGGUACUAAAAAAUCUGGAAAAGACGGAAACAAGUCCGGUAAUAAGAGAAAACGUGAAGAUAUGUCUUCUGGAAAUUCUGCGAAUAAUAAGAAAGACAAAAGAAAGGGCAUUUUAAGAAAGAAUGCAGGUUUUACAAGAAAUUGA